CAUGCUGCUGUACGGGGAGGCGUGGUCGCGCAUGCAGAGUGCUGAGAGGACUGCCCCUGUGUGAGGCCAGCCCUGGAGGCAGACCUGCCCCCAGGCUUCAUGGAGGAAGGACAAGAUGGUGAUGGGAAGGAAAAUGCCAUGCAUGGAAGAUCUCUCACCGCUGCCUCCCAGGAUGGAGGAGGGCGAAUGUCUGCGGUCCCACUUGCACAGGGGAAGGUGGAAGGAGGGAAGGUGUAUUCAGGAGAUGGGGUGUUGGGUUAUCUGGAAAUGCUGGAGGCACAGGCUCAUGAGUUAGGCCUGAAGCAAGAAGAGAAGGAGCAGCAAGAAAAGAAGCUCAACAGACUGAAAGCCAGAGUGCAGGAGCUGAGAAGCCGGAGGGAUGAGCUUCGAGCUAAAGUGGAGCUGCAGGAGAAGAGGCUUCUUGACAAGGAAGGAGUCGUGACAGAUCCAGCACGGCCCAGUGCCCAGACUGUUCUGGAGUGGAAAGUGAAGAGCAUUAAGGCCAUGCUGCAAGUCUUUUACCUCACAGGGAUCAGUGGGAAGCUGACCAAGCAGGGAGUGUGUUUCUGCAUCAGCACUGCUUAUGAAGGCACCUACCUGGAUUCCUAUUACGUGGACCUCCUCAUCAAGCCAGAGGUGAAGAUUCAACGCCACUCUGUCCCCGUCUUCAUCCCACUGGAGCAGAUAGCCAAGAAGUACCUGCAGACGGACAUCAGGCGCUUCCUGUCCGUCCUGUGGGAGCACCUGAAUGCUUAUGCUGGGCGGAGGCACCAGGCAGACCAGUUGGAGGAGCACUUUUCAGACCACAUAGAAGGAACUCUGCAGAGGAACUCUUUGUGUAACUUGCUGGUCUUUAAUUACACCGUGUCAAGUGACAGCAAGACCUUUCCAUUCAACGUGAGGCUGCUUUAUGGAGACCUCUGUUGCUGCCUCCCUACUGAAGCCAUCAUUUCUUGUACACCUGGCACUCUUCCAUUGCUAGCAAAGAUGGCAGCAGCUCACUCAAACGCUUUUCGACAGACAGCUCUGCACAAAGCCUUCAACUCUAUCAUCAAUGCUAAAGAAAGCCUGGACUGAGCACUGUAAGCUACCUUGACUCCUCAGUAACGUGCCUCUCCUGACUUCUUCUGCCUGUGGGGAAUGCUCUCAAAAUGCAAAUGUUUGCCAUGGACUGCGGCACUGCUGCUGGGAACCCCCCAGAGGAGCAAUUGGCCCAAUUUAGAUCUUGAAAGCAAUAUUUUCUUGAUGAUUUGGGGUGUCUAUUGCAGGUAAUCUUUCCUCAGCACUCUGCUUCUCGCUUGUCAUUUAAUUCCUGCUCGUGAUGCAUCGCAGUGUUUGGUGCCCCGGAGCUCCACAGUCAUGGAGAAUGUCUCACAAUUAGAAGGAGAAGCUAUAUUAAAACAUCAACAGCUCGGAAAACCUUCUGGAACAAGAACCCUACAGCUCACUGCAUGUAUCCAGGCAGCAGAACUCAGCAGGGAGCAAGUGGAGUAAUCUGUGCCCUCCUUCUAACAGCCAGGAAAGGACUUCCAGUUAGAAACUGGUACAGGCUGGAGGACAACCUGGAUUGUUAUGGCAAUCACUGAACCUUCCCUGGACAGAGGUGAGGUUUCAUUUUGCCAGCAGCAGGCUGUGCCCUCACGUGGGCUGCAUUAACUCAGCACAUUAGCAGUGAGUUUUCCAGAAGAUUUCACACCAGCGGUGGCUUUGGACAUCCUGUUUUCUUCCUGUCGUAGCAGAACUUUCCUGGCAUCCCAUCUUUGUGCUUCCUGCAAGUUUGGAUUGGAUCUUGAAAGCUUCCUGUAUUUUAUGAGCACUCUUUCAAUGUGUUAAUUUCAGUAACAUAGAACUUUUACUGUGGUAUUUUUAAGAAUCUCCUAUUGAUUUUUUUUUUUCUAGACUUAUACCAGAUGGCUGGGACAUCAGGAUUUUCUCCUGCCCCGUUUUUGUGCCAACACUGCAUGUGCAAACUUCAUAGUUUGUUUUUAAAUUGUCUCUGAAGCUUAGGCUUUGUCCAAACCAACCUUUUUAUAUAUAACCUCUGGUGUUCGGAUGUUGCAGCUCCAGGAAAAAUUCCCUGAUGACCCUAGGAAUUGAGUAAUGGGGUAGGGAUCAAAAUCUUGUAUCAUUCUAUCUGUGAUUUCCAGCGUUUUGAUACUCUGCGACAAGAGAAAGGAGCAAAAGCCACCAGAGGCAUCAAUCUCCCCUUUGGGAGCCCCUCCAAACCCAGUAUCCCCUCAAAGAGGUGGUGAAGCCCUUCUCAGUAUCCCCACAACCCCAGAACACAGCAGACGCAGAACCAGGCUUUGAAAUUCAGCUUUCUAUUCAAGAAACUAAUGGCAUAAUUACACUCUGUGUGCCUCCCUUCCCCCCUGGCCCUGGCAGCAUCACGCUGAAUAACGCAGUCCCUUCUCAGCCAGUCCCAGGUCCUCUUUCCCAUCAAGCAGUGACAGCAGCUGACCACAGCGUGCGUGGGGGGGCGAACAGGCACAGUUAAAAAUAUAAAU